GCGGAAGUAAAACUGGGAGCGGGUUUGUUUGGUUUGUUGUCACCAUUCUUUCCUCGUGAACGAAGCCAUACUAGUUAAAUACCCAACUCUCAGUCCACUGCAAUAUGUCGAAACUCCAGUCGUUUCGUGUGUUUUUAAAUGAGCGUUUAACUGCGGCAGCUGUGGAGAUUUUCGGGGCAGUUGAAGAAACGGUAGCGGAGUACCAGGAGGAGAAUGAUCGGCUACGUAGACUGCUGCGGAUCACACCGAUUAUAAAACGAUGUAACGUAGACUCCCUGCAGCUCUCUCUCGGUGUCUCUGAAGAGGAGGUUCUCCCUGAGCAGCAGCACUGUGAGCAGGAGUGGAGCCCCAGUCUGGGGCAGGAGAACCCAGAGCUUCCACAGAUUAAAGAGGAACAGGAGGAACUCAGGACCAGUCUGGAGGCUGAUAUCAUAGAGUUCAAAUUCAUUCCUUCCUGUGUGAAAAGUGAAUGUAGUAAGGAGGACCCACUUCAGUCCUUGACUCUUCCCCAAACCCAGAAUGUGGAGAACAGAGAGCGUGACCCUAAACAAGUGGAACUCACACCUUUUGUUACUGUGACCCACCUAAAGGGUCUCUACAUUCCCUGUGACCCUCAAGAUAAUCAAAACAAUACCUCCAGCCAAAGCUCAACCUUAAGCAGCGACCCAGCGGCACUUGACAGCAGCCCAUCGUUGGAUCCCAGCCCACCAUUGGAUUCCAGUCUGUCAUUGGAUCCAAACCAGUCAAUAGUGGAACACUGUUUCAAACCCAGCACCAUGUCUAGAACAACUCACCGCUGCCGUGACUGUGGCGAAAUGUUUGCAAUGAAAGCUGACCUGCAGAGGCAUGUAACUCUCUUUAAGAAGAGGCCCAGUGAAUGUCGCUUCUGCAAAAGAAACUACACCUCCACCUGUAAACUAAAGGCCCAUAUCCGACUCUGUCACAGUGGGAAACCCUACACCUGCCCUGUUUGUGGCAAGACCUUCAAACUCAAAGGGAAUCUGUCCAAGCACAUGAGGAUUCACACAGGAGUGGGAGAGAAACCAUUUAGCUGUGGAGACUGUGGGAAAAGCUUCUAUCAGAAGGGGGACUUAAGUAGGCAUAUACGGACUCACACAGGAGAGAAAUUGUUUAUCUGUGGUGAUUGUGGGAAAAGCUUCAAUUUGAAAGGGAACCUUAGGAAGCAUAAACUGACUCACACAGGAGAGAAACCAUUUCUCUGUGAUGACUGUGGGAAAGGCUUCAGUCAGAAGGGGACCCUAAGGAAGCAUAAACUGACUCACACAGGAGAGAAACCAUUUAGCUGUGGAGACUGUGGGAAAAGCUUCAGUCAGAAGGGGACCCUAAGGAAGCAUAAACUGACUCACACAGGAGAGAAAUCAUUUAGCUGUGAUGACCGUGGGAGGGGAGGGUGGGUGAAUGAGCCAAGUGGAAGCUGGGAUGAUUAG